CAGCCACGCCAUUUGCCUUCGGACUCGAGCGUGAUGCCUCCUGAGCAGGAGUGGGAGAAGGUAGUUCAGUUCCCUCUCCAAUGAAGGGUCUAGGCCCGAAAUGUCAGCUUUUGUGCUCCUGAGAUGCUGCUUGGCCUGCUGUGUUCAUCCAGCCUCACAUUUUAUUAUCUUGGGAGAAGGUAGGAACGUUUCGCCCGGAACCCGGAGCGGUUAGUGGACGGACCGUGGAGCGGGGUCGCUGCCGGCGGGCGAGUGCAGCACGUGUCCGGUCCGGGUUUGAUCGGGGGAGAGAUGGUGGGGAAGGAGAGGCGCCUCCGCCACCGGCUGCACUCGGCUGCGGUGAAGUUCAACGUUGAGCCCCGGGCGCGAGGUGAAGCGCAGCCGCGGCCUGAGCCUCGUCGGGAAGCCGAGCCGCAGCCGCCUCCCGGAGGAGACAGGAGGAGGGAUGCUGAUCAGUUAUCCACUGCACUGUUUGCCGAAAUGAGAAUUGAUCCGAAGACGCUUGUUCAGAAUCUGGAUGUUGAUUCUAAGACUGUGGUAUCCAGUAGGAGAGGUGACACACUUCAAAUCUCCAAGAAAGACAAAAUAAAACAACGGCAUGAACGAUGGCUCCAGAAAGGUAUUCUGGCAUUCUAUCUUGCAGAAAUUGAGAUGAUCAAACUGGCAGAACAGAAGAGGAAAGCCCAAGAGAAGCGCAAAGCCGUCCCAGUGGUGGGAGACAUGCAGCCACUUGCUGAUGCACUACCGGAACUGACAGAUUUGAUCAGUGCUAGUGCUGUGGCUAAUAAAUCGAAGAGUGCAAAAAAGAAACCACAAACAACAUCUUUCAAUAAGAUGCGGCAUGCUCAGAAACGGAAACUAAUAGAGGAGGAGGUAGCCAGAUUCAAAACUACAAUUGAGGAUACUGAAUUUAUGGCCAAUCCUCUUGCAGUCAUUGGUGAGCAACUUCUGAAACGAAUGAGGCAGGAGGAUGAGGAUCUGAAGUGAAACCUUAAACUGUGCUCCAAGCCAAUCUGGAAAAUACCAUCACUGACACCAGUGAACAUUUGAAUAAUCAGCAAAUACUGGACCAGUGCAAAUAUUUGCCAAAUUUAUGCUGAAAAUGCUGACUUCCCACAUUUACAGGUGAUAUACCUUAGGGAAAAACUGAACUUUCUAGGAAGCCUAAGAUCAGGCAGGAUCGGCCAUUGGAUGUAAGGGCAUUGAGAAUAGGCAAGUAGGAGAAAACCUAAUCUCUUGUCAAGAAUUAUCUUAAUUAUUCUCAAGAA